AUGGUCACGUUCUUUGAAAAACUAAAUUAUACAGCCCAUCUUUAUUCUGCUGAUCAUCAUCGGCGAAUAAUUUACUUAAACAAAGAGCGAGCGUCUAUACAGUUUCUUAAUGGCCAACUUGAUAUGAUUGUAGAGGUGAGAACGGCAGCAGUCGAAUCCCUUUGCCAAUUGGCGAUGAAAAACCCAGACUUCGCAAACCUCUCACUGGAUUUCUUAGUGGACAUGUUUAACGACGAAAUCGAAGAAGUCCGGCUGAUGGCCAUCGACAGUCUGAGAAGAAUUUCCGAGCACAUUAUUUUGCGCGACGACCAAUUGGAGACGAUACUAGGCGCAUUGGAAGACUUUUCGCAGGACGUACGCGAGGGCCUCCAUCAAAUGCUCGCGUCGUGUCGCAUGUCUACAACCGGUGGUUUGAAAAUGUGCAUAGAAAAGCUGCUGGAUAACUUGAAGAAGUAUCCGCAAGACAAACGCUCGACGUACAGAUGCUUGCAGAAGGUUGGGGCGCAACACCCCGAAUUGGUUCUACCGCUGAUUCCACCGUUGUUGUGUAUUCAUCCGUUUUUCGACACGUCUGAACCUGAUGUCGAUAAUCCACAAUAUAUUUGCAUUCUAAUCCUGAUUUUAAACGCCGCCAAGUACUCGCCGACAAUCAGCCCCCUCCUGGAACCUCACACGUUACGUCACUACGCCUAUCUGCGAGAUACCAUGCCGAAUUUCGUACCAGAAUUGAGGCUCUCCGAAGGUACCGGCAACACAAUAAUAAAACCCGCUUCGGUACCCGAAAGUUUCGAUUUUCUGAAAACCAUCGUCAACAGUCUGAAUGCCAGCGAGGUCUCCUACAGGGUACAAACAAAUUUAUUGCAAAUGGCGAAAGAGCACCUGAACCGCCUCAGUGAAAUGGAUUCGUCCAUCGCCGGUAUUGCGCAGUUUACUUCCCUGUACAUUGGAGCGCAAUUACUUUACGCGCAGAUAUUCGAAAAGGGCCUGUGGAAGAAUCCGAGCACCCUAGCGACGCAACAGGCCAACAUUCUCAAAACUAAUAUCGAUCAAUUACUCGAAAACUGCUUGAAGAUGCAAUACCUCUUCGUCGGUCUUGCCGCCAACGAGCAGUGCAGCAUCAAGCAAUUCCGUCUCAGAGCUCUGGCUCUAAACCUGAUCUUCAUUGUGAAAGCUAGUAAUUCGUCUGCUCUUGCUCCGUGCCAUCACUUCCUCGGAGCUGUUGAGGAAAUGCAAAGGGAGCUAGUAAUGCACGGCUUGGAACCGGACUCAUUCGCCAGCAGUGUUUUUAAAGAGCUAUCAGUAUUAGAGGAACCAAAACCGGGCGCUGUGGCCCGCCUCCUCAUACCCAUUCUGUCGGAGUCAAAGUUGGCCAAAAUCCCAGUACCGAACUCCCAGGUUCGCAUGAGCUCGGCGGUAAUAAUCGAGCCGAGCAACCAGACGGACUCCACUUUAAAAUUCACAGCCGGACUUACGAUGGCGGUUCCAUUGGAAGCGGAACUAUUCAACCUGUCCGAUCCCAGUAGGUUAAGAUUGAUUAUUAAGUACCCCGAUCAGCGGACCCACGUUGUUUUACCGCGUCCUGCGCAUUUAAAGCCGCUAUUUUUCGACAAUGACAAACAAGAUUCGCACAGUGGGCAUAAUCUGAGACUGUUGACCACCGUCCUUAUAUCUCACCAGGUUUGGUCCGAGGCGUGUAAUGUUGAUAUAAGUAUUGCGUUAUCGGUACCAGAAGCUGAUAUAGCGAAGAAGAAGUUCAACGAUUCAUCAAGUAUACUGCACCUCUGUAAGCCACAGAAGAUCAGUGUUGCACCGAAACCGAUUAAAAGAGGAAUUUAAUUUUAUGUGUAUUUUUUCAAUAUCUAUAUAAAUAAA